AUGAGUAAAGGUAAUAAACUAUUAGAUUUUAUUGAAAAUGAUAUAAAUAACUAUAGUAGUAAUCAUAGUAAUAAUAAUCAUGAUAAUAAUAAUAAUGACAGUAAUAAUAACAGGAAAUGGAAUUUAAUGAAUGCAAUUAGUAUUGGAAAGAUAUUAAGCAGUUCACUUGGUGUCAAUGGUGGUGAUAAGAUGAUCAUCGAUCAAAAUGGAUCGAUACAGGUGACUAACGAUGGUUGGACAAUAAUGAAGAGUCUAUCUAGACAAUCAAAUAACUAUGGUCAAUCAAAUAGAGAUUCAUUAUUAUCAAAUGAUCAACAACAAGAUAACAAUGAUAAUAAUAAUAAUCAACAAGAUGAUUACGAUGACAAUGAAAAUAAUGAUAGAUUCAAUUCUAAAUCAAGCUAUAAUAGAUUAAGAAUGCAAUCUGUUAUUGAGAUGAUAAUCAAUUGUUGUAGUGAUCAUAAUAGUGCAUUUGGUGAUGGAACUACCACCAUUGUCGUAUUGAUAGGUGCAAUGUGUCAGUCUGUAUUACAACUCAUGGAAGAACGUUCUAUUCAUAGAUCAAUCAUUAUCAAAGCAUUUAAAGAUACACUUAGAAAAGCAUUAUCACUUUUAGAUAGUUGGUCUGUUUCAUUACAGAUUCCAUUCAUACAACAAGAACAAGAACAACAACUUGAACAAGAGAGAUCAACAACAACAACAACAACAACAACAACAACAACAACUAAAAAUAUAACAUUACAAGAUAUAGGAGAAUGUUGUUUAAAUUCAAAAUCAAUAUCAUAUUGGAAGAAAGAAUUAACAACUUUAUGUAUAGAUGCAGCUCAUUGGUUAUAUAAACAAGAAAAAGAAGAUAAUAAGAUAAAACAACAUGAAGAAGAAGAAGAUGGUAAUAUAUUUAGUAAUAACAAUAAUAGUAAUAAUAGUAGUAGUAGAAGUUAUGGUUUAGAGUUGGAUUUAAAUUUAAUUAGAUUGUUAAAAAUUGAAAAUGGAAGUAUAGAAGAUACAAAGUUGAUUAGAGGCAUUGUUAUGAAAAGAUAUCUGGCGAGUGAAUCGAUGCCAAAGACUUUGACCGAUGUGAAAGUAGCGGUAUUGUCUUUCCCACUGGAGAUACCAACACCUGUGAAUAGAUACACUUUGAAUCUAACUGCCGAUGAUAUGACAGAGAUGGUGGAGUCGAUCAACCGCCAACAUCAAGCGUUCGUACAAAAGAUAAAGUCGAUAGGUGUUGGUCUCAUCGUUUGUCAAUGGGGAAUAGAUCCUGCAGUCCUACAGUUGCUCUCCAAUGAGCGGAUUGCAGCGCUGACUUGGGUUGGUGGCGAUGAAAUCGAGCGAAUUGCAAUGGCAACCGGUGCAACUAUAUCGUGGUCAUUCGAGAGUCUGUCACCGGAGCAACUGGGUCAUGUGCAAUCGGUGUCCGAGCAAGUAAUGGAUAAUGACAAUACCCGGUAUCUAUUCUUGGAGGGAGGCAAACAUAAUCGAUCGCCAAUACAAACGAUGUUGAUAAGGGGUGGCAGUGAACAGAUGUGUCGGGAACUAGAGGAGUGUACCAAAGACUGUUUGAACGUGUUGGCUAAUACCAUUCGUAAUCCAAAGUUGUUGGUGGGUGGUGGUGUCACAGAGUUACAAUUGUAUUCCGCUUUGUCUAUGUCAAUCGAUAACAAUAACAAUAACAGCAAUGAUUGUAAAGAUAAUAUUAAUAAUAAUGAUAUUGAAUAUGAGAUGUCCAUGAAAGCUUGGUGUUCUUCGCUGCUCUCUAUACCUAGUUCACUCAUUGAAAACACUGGAAUGCUAGAUGGAACCGAUGUACUGUGGAAGUUGAUACAGGCGCACGAGAAACAAGGAGUUGGAUGCACACUUGGUGCUAAUCUAUAUUAUGGAACAUCAUUGGAUUCAAAACAACAAGAUCAGAUAAUAGAUUUGUCCGCCUCUAAAGUCUAUGAAUUACUUGAUCAAAAGAAAUCGAUUUUAACACUUGCAACUGAAACCAUUUGUCUAAUAACAAGGAUAGAUUCAUUUAUUAUAACAAAAUAA